AUGUUUAAUGAAGCGAUAAACAAUAGUAUAUUAAUGCAAGAUAUUUAUAAUCAAGAAGGUCUGAUGAUGCAAGAUAAUAGUUUAUUUGUAAUACUGUCUGGCUCACUUCAAACAUAUAGUGAACAAUCAGGUUUGAUGAAUUCAGAUUUAAUAAUAGAUAAUGAAACAUUAGAUAAUUCAAAACAAAACGAAGGCACAAUUCUGGCUACUUACGAUAAACUAAUAUUACAUGUAAUAAUAUAUGAACAGUCAGAUAGAACAUCUAAAUUACCCUUAUCGGAACCACCUUUAUUUGAAUCACCUUUAUGUGAACUACCUUUACUUAAAUCACCUUUGUUUGAGCCACAAAUUAAAUUAGUAAAUAAAGAUAACACUCUUGAAAUAGGGUAUGAAGAUGAAUUACCUAGUACUAGUUUUGCAGAAGAUACCAUCGAUGUUCCAUUAAUACUUCUAAAAGAGCUAAUUUCAGCUAAUCAUUAUGAUGAUACAUAUCCGAAACGUAUAUCUAAUCAAGAAUUAACUUACAAAAAUAUUAAAAAAAAGAAGAAAUUGGUUAAGUCAUACAAUAUAUAUUAUGAUUCUGACAAUUCUAAAAAUUCCAAUUCAGAUUAUGCUAAUGAAUCAUCCCAAAACUAUGAUGAUAUCGAGAAUAUAGAUCUAUCUUUAAUUCAGAAUCUUGUUGUUUAUUCAAAAAAAGAUACGCCAUGCAAAACAUGUUUUAAAAGAUCUCAAGAAUUAAAACCCAAGACUUCAGGACGAAAGCCAACAGAAUGUUAA